UUAUUUUUAGCAUUUGUUUAUGGAGUGAAGAGUAAAAAACAAAAAGAAAUAUAAAAAAAGAUGGGUAGGAUUCCAUGUUGUGAGAAGGACAAUGUGAAAAGAGGACAGUGGACACCUGAGGAAGACAACAAGCUCUCCUCCUACAUCGCACGACAUGGCACCCGCAAUUGGCGCCUCAUCCCCAAGAAUGCUGGUCUCCAAAGAUGUGGGAAAAGCUGCCGCUUACGAUGGACUAAUUACCUUCAGCCCGACCUUAAGCACGGCCAAUUCUCGGACACUGAGGAGCAAACCAUUGUCAAACUUCACUCUGUUGUUGGCAACCGCUGGUCCUUGAUUGCAGCUCAGCUACCUGGCCGGACUGACAAUGACGUUAAAAACCACUGGAACACCAAGCUCAAGAAGAAACUUUCAGGCAUGGGUAUUGAUCCAGUGACCCACAAGCCUUUCUCUCACCUCAUGGCUGAGAUAGCCACCACACUUGCACCGCCACAGGUGGCUCAUCUAGCGGAAGCAGCCCUCGGGUGUUUCAAGGACGAAAUGCUCCACCUCCUAACUAAGAAACGCAUUGAUUUCCAGCUUCAACAAUCAAAUCUGGUGGCACAAGGGAAUAAUACUACAGUCCCUUACGUGAGCAGCAAACAAGAUGAGAAGGAUGAUCCAGUUGAGAAGAGCAAACUGAAUUUAUCAAGGGCUAUACAAGAACCAGACAUACUACCCAUGAAUAAUCUGUGGGAGUCUACUAGUAUGAGAACAACAUCAACUAAUUUCGAAGGGGGUUGCAGCGUUUUCCCUGCAUCCGUGAGCGGAUACCAUCAAUACGGCACAUCAUCUUUUGCCAACGAAGGGGGCGGCUCCGGCUCACGGUGGAGCCAGAGUAUGUGCACCGGAAGCACAUCCACCGCAGGCGAACAAGUGAGGCCUCACGAGAAAUUGAAGGAUGAAAACGGAGAAGAAUUUCAAGGUGGGAAAGAAAUUAAGAAUGCAUCAAGCAUAUUCAAUACAGACUGCGUCUUAUGGGACAUGCCAUCCGAUGAUCUUAUCAAUCCUAUUUAUAGAGAAGCCUUUAACAACAAAGAAUAAAUAUGUAGGCAAUAAUUUCUAUUACAUGGCCAACAAUAAACUUCUAGUGGGAGUUUGGGAGGGGGGGAAAAAGGUUAUAUUUGGCAAUGUAAAUAAAA